CAUGAUUAUGUAAUUUCAAUUUCUUAACGCCUUUUGGUUAAUCUUUCCCUUGGAUCCCAUUUAAAGUUUCAACACUGUUAAACAUGCAACAAAUGGUAUUCUUUUUUUUUUUUUUUUUUUUUUUUUUUUUUUCAUACUAAAGCCUUUAUGGUAAUCUAAGUAUCUUUUAUUUUCAAAAUGUGAACUCAUAACUGUAUAAUUCACGCCCACAAAGACAUGUACGACAUUUGAUGCAGCCUCUUUAGAUUUUUGACCAUACACUUCCAUUACACUUAAGUGAUUUUAUUCAACAGCCAUCUUGUGUGUGUUUGUUUUUUACUCAUUUUUGUAUUUUAUAGUAUAAAACUAAGCCUGUAGCCCUACUUGACUUCCAUAUCUUCUAUUUCCUGCGCUAUAGAAAGCUGUUUUAAUUACUGGUCUUUACUGGGUGUUUUUAUGCCCUCUGCCAUCCCUCGAAAUGCAUGAUAAGCUGCAAUCUCUGUUGGCAAUGUGACUUUAAACCAAAUGCACAUAAAAUGAGACUCCUAGUGUAAUGCUGUGUUUCUGCCUGGCACUGGGAUUCAGUGGACAGCUGUUUGAAAUGGAUCCUGUUUGUAUUCAUCACAACGAGGACCGACUAUGACAAAAAAAAAAAUCUUGCAAUUUGUGUUCAUAUCUCAACACUGUCAUGUCACUUGUGCUGGAACAGUUGGUGGCAAUAUUAAUUGUAGGACUAUGGCCCCAGAAUGAAGUUAAAAUGUAAAUGUCAGAUGUCGUGCCUGUGUUUGAAUGGGUUUACUAAAACAAAAAAUACACAAGCAUAUGCACUUUUUUUCCCCCCUUUGCUACACAAUUUUCAAUAUUUGAGUUCCAAGCACAGACUGAAUGAUUUGGGGAGUGUUUGAAAGACAUUGAGGUGUAAUACCACAACUGUAGGGAGACCUAUGACUCCUGCAUGAUUGUAUUUGUAUUUUCUCACAUUUCAAUAAAUUCAAGCACCAAUCACAUUAAAACUGAAUGCACACGUGAUCUUGCUGGUACAAUCCAUGUUACUCGGUUGUUUUUUUUAAAAAAAACAUUCUGUAAUGUAGGGUGGGUAUCAAAAUGGGGAAAUUUUCCAAUGGAGAAAAAUCUUAAAGGAUAAGUAGGCUAAAUCAUGUUAGGUACGCAACAUGCGCAUAAUUGUAUGCAGAUUCUGUUGGGAGAACUACCUUUAACACACAUUUACAUGAAAUACAAUGCGGCACAGUAAUCGGGUCUGUAAAUAGUUGAAUUCCUUCCAUUCCGAAUAAAGGAUCUUUCCGCUGCAAUCGCAGGCAAUCUCCUUCAAUCGGUGUCCCGUGUUUUGUCACGUGUUAUGGUGACGUUUUGUCAUCAACAGACAGUCUCGGGGUUGUAAUCGCGAGAUUUAGUAUGAGGCUGUGGGAUUUGGUCCUCGGAAAGGUUGAGCCCGUGGGUGAUAAAAGGAUCUGCUGAAUAUGAGUGAUGACAAACCCUUUCUAUGCACUGCUCCAGGCUGUGGACAGCGUUUUACUAAUGAAGACCAUUUGGCUGUCCACAAGCACAAACAUGAGAUGACACUAAAGUUUGGUCCAGCACGUAAUGACAGUGUCAUUGUAGCUGACCAAACUCCGACACCAACCCGCUUCUUGAAGAACUGUGAAGAAGUGGGGUUGUUUAAUGAACUGACAAGCCCUUUUGAACAUGAUUUCAAAAAGAUUGCAGAAGAGGACAUUAAAAAGAUGCCCUUAGAUUUAUCUCCGCUCGCAACACCAAUUGUACGAAAUAAAACCGGAGAGCAUUCAGCAGUAGAAAAAACACACCAGGACAGCCCACUUCCUCAUCCAGAAUCCACUACAAGUGAUGACAAGGAAGUUUCAUUGCAGCAGAUUGCACAUCCUACAUCUACUAUAGUUCGUCCAGCAUCGCUCCAAGUCCCCAGUGUACUUCUUUCAAGCUCAGAUGCUAAUGUUGUAAUACAGCAAGCACUACCAUCUCCAACAUCUAGCACUGUCAUUACACAAGUUCCAUCCGCAAACAGACCAAUAGUCCCAAUUUCUGGCUCUUUCCCUGUACUUUUACAACUCCCUAAUGGCCAGACCAUGCCAGUUGCUAUUCCUGCCACAAUAGCAAACACCAGUGUACAUAUGUCUACUACAAUCCCACUUGUCACCGUUGUGCCUAAUGUUCCUGGAAUUCCAGGACCCUCCUCCCCACGACCUGUGCAGUCAGAGGCUAAAAUGAGAUUAAAGGCUGCUUUAACCCAGCAGCAGCAUCUUCAGAUAACUAAUGGAGAGACCCAACCGGAGGAAGCAUGUCUCCAGUCACUACAGCAGCCGGCAACAUCAACUACUGAGACACCAGCAUCUCCAGCACAGCCUCCCCAGCACACCCAGAGCACUGGCGGGAGGCGGAGAAGGGGGAUGAGCGAUGACCCUGAUGAGAAGAGGCGCAAGUUUUUGGAGCGGAACCGAGCUGCUGCAACAAGAUGCAGACAGAAAAGAAAAGUUUGGGUUCAAUCUCUAGAAAAGAAGGCCGAAGAUAUGAGUUCAGUAAAUGGGCAGCUACAGAAUGAAGUCACCCUGCUGAGAAAUGAAGUGGCUCAGCUGAAACAGCUUCUUCUGGCUCAUAAAGAUUGCCCUGUAACCGCCAUGCAGAAGAAAUCUGGCUAUCACAAUGCUGAUAAAGAUGAUAGUUCAGAAGACAUCUCUGUGCCAAGCAGCCCUCAAAAAGAGGCAAUCCAACACAGUUCUGUCAGUACUUCCAACGGAGUCAGUUCAACUUCACUGGCCACCACAGUCCUCACUCAAAUGGCAGAACAGAGUACAGAGCCAAUGAAAACACUAAUAGUUGUGGCUCCACCCUCCCAGUCUCAGCCCUCAGGAAGUUGAUUGGAUGGAACAUAAAGUCAUGUUUUCACUUCUAACUGUAAAAAGGAAAAUGGGAACUUCCAUCCUUCUCCAUUUGGGAGAAAGUGUUUUUUCAUUGUUAUGUUUCCUGAAUUCAAAGCAGCAAACAUAACUUAAUUGGAGCAAAUGGAGAUGCUUGAGAUCAGUUUCUUUGCAAAAUUCAACUGAAUGUCUUUUUCUCAUCACUUUUUAUGUUUGCCACAUAUUUGUAAAGAAAAAAGAAUCUGUGGUGCUUUACAUUUGUCACUGCUGAUAAGGUUUAGAAAUAUAAAUUUAGGAUUAAAAGAACUGCAUAAUUGAUGUGACAUUCCUACCAAAUUGUUCCAGUGCUCAUGCUUUAUGUAAUUACAACAACACUGCUGGUCUACAGUAUGAAAGAUAACUCCACUCAAUACUUAGACCACUGUUUCAGUAAAGAAAAGCGAACACCAUGCCAAACAGAAGAUUAGCAAACUAAUCUUGUGUUAAUAUACAUAUACAUUCCUGAAUGUAUACCCAUUUGUAUUUAUUUAUUGGAAUGAGACACUAAAACUAUUUAAUGUAUUUUCUAUUUGUAAAGUUUCUUUGUAGAGUUAUGAUUUAUAAAGCUUAUCUGAGAGAAAAAAGACAUGAUUUAGUAGUAACUGUUUAAUUCCUUUGCCUUUUCUAAUUUUGCACAUGAGGAUGAAGAGUUUUCAUUUUCUUAUUUGUGUUUGCUUAUCACUUGUAAAUAUGGUCAGCUUUUAGUACUGCAUUUUAAUACCUGUCUUGUUACACUAUAUAAGCAGUUGGGCUGAAAAACAACUCAUGUUUUGUAAGUAUGAGUGGUUUGGUUGCUUGUAGCAGCAGCUCUGUUUGGUUUGAAUGCUAGAAGUUGUCUCAACCUGUAAUAGUCUUAUAGAGCAACUCUGCUUUAAAUAAUGUAUGUUUAAGGAUGAGUUUUGACUAUCAUUCCAUGUGUAGUUUGACGGUUACAUGAUUUGUAGGUAUACGUUUGUUCUCAUUAUCCAAACAUCUGUAGACGCUGAGUUUACUAAAUUUGCCAUGAAUGUUUCUUAUUAAAUUGAUAUUCACAGACUUUUCUUUCUAAUAGAAAAAUUAGAAAAGUAUGUGCCCCAGACAUGCUCUUUUACCUUGUAUAAAAUUAUUGAAAUUAUGUUUUGUAAUGUUUUUUUAUUGUUUUUUUUUUCAUGUGUAGACAUUGCUUCAGCUGGUAUUAAAAUAACUAUCUGGGUUAGUAGUGUUGACAGAUUGCACUGUUAAAGCAAGUUCUCGAUGUUGCUUUGUUUGAACUCUCAUUCAAAGUGGUGUAAAAAUGGUGUUAAUGACAUAACAAAGGAUACACUGUAUGUAAACAUUCCAGAGAAAAUGAUUUUAUUUUAAUGUAUUCAUUUAGAUACGGUGGUAGAGGCCAAAUUAUUGUAGCUAUGUCCUAACUAAAAUGCAUAGUGACCUUUGUUACCAGAAGAUUGAAUGAUCUUAAAAGUACAGAUCUUUUAAGUUGUUAUGUUAGUUAAUAUAAAAUGUAAAAAAAUAAAUAAAUAAAAACACAUUAAAAAGGACAAUGUUACGGGGUUUAAUAAAUAUGAUUAGAAAAACUGCAUAAUCAAUGUAAUAUAAUUUGCCUUUUAGCUUUACAAUCAAUUAUAAUUUCACUACUGUGUAGUUUUGUAAGCCAUGCUGCAUUUCUUCUAAGCCCUUAUAUUGAAAAGUACAUGUAUUAACAGGUCAUUUGUACUGUCACUGUUGUGUGCUAUUUGCAUGAGUAAAUUCUCUAAGAGAAUUAAACCUAUUAUUAAACCGAAGUCUCAGUUAGGUCAGUAUCAUUUAUCAUGUUGUAGCACCUUGAGUAAUAACCAGGUUCAUCACUGGUCUUAUACAUGCUUAAAUUUGGUAUUUUUAAAACAGGGUUUGAUGUUAAUGGUAUAGUGAAAGUUCUGUAUAAAAUACAAUUAAUGUAUUUGAAAUGUUGUAAUAAUAAAAAAUAACUUUUCAUA